GCAUCAUAGACGUUUAAAAAAAAACAUAAACAAUAUCACGCCAUCAACUGAUUUUUAUUGUUCAACUAGUUAAUAUUAAAUCUUUUUUUUAGCAUGUUAAAAUGUUUAGAUUUCAUGACUUAGUUUUCAUAGGAAUUUCAUAUUGCUUUACUAAUGCCAGGGAGUGGAACAACGGGCCAGAUUUCGUGUACAGAACUGACGUCACUGAGGGACAAAAUUUAACGUUUCAGUGCCAGGGUACAGGUUAUUGGCACGUGACUUUAAUUGGACGCCGAUUAAAAACUGUUUCUACGAGAAAUUAUAAGUCUCAAGGACCCUGGAACUAUUACCCAGACAAAUACUUCGCCGAAUGGGAAUGGAUACCUCCUUUUAACAGUGUUCUCCAUGUGUACAAUGUUGGUAGAGAUGUCUAUUCCAUUGGGUGUACAUAUACAGUCUGGAUUAUAGGUAAAUGGCCAGAUACUUCUGUGAGUAUUGAUUUGACAGAUUAUGAAAUUAGCCCUUUUCUUACUGUCUCGCCCAAAUCGAACGUGACGUUUAUGUGUAGUUCUGACAUCGACCUGCAGAAACCGUUAAUUUUAUACAAGAAUGACUCUAGGAACGUAUUGAAAACCUCGACGUCUGGCGCACUGAACCUCACUAUGACCCAUUUCCAGUGUGGCACAUCUUUCGUUGUGGGCUGUUCUAAGGAAGGGUAUACACUGCCAGGAGGUGCUAUGCAAGUGGACGUGGAAUGCCUAGUUCGACUCACAGUAACUAGUGACCUGGACGAUAUCCAUGGACUCAUCUCUCCCAGGGCGACCCUUACUCUAGCCUGCGCCUCGGACAUGCCACGUCUGCUGAUAUUAUACAGAGAUACCGUCAGCAAUGUCCUUAGAACCUCGACAUCAGAUUCAUUGAACUAUACCAUGAGUGAUUUAGAAUGUGGAUCAUCCUUUCUUGUUGGCUGCUACGUACCACGUACGUAUUUACUGCACAGCCGAACAUCAGUUUAUGUGCGAGAUUGCGAAGCAGGAGAUCUUGAUUUUAAGCUCAACAAUAACGUGACCUUUAACCCGGACUGUUUGCAUAAUAAUGUCAACAUCUUCUGUCGCUACAGCGGAAGCCAGUGGUUCUUACACUAUGUUUACAUCCAGUAUCAGGGAGUGGAGAAGGUUCUCUACUACUCAUACGACUACAUCAACUACAGCUUCACCUUCGACUACAAAAACUUCAGCGACUAUUUUUAUCCAGACCUCCAGGUGCCGGGCUCACUGACCUUCACUCUGGGGUGUGGACUUCGAAAAUUACCGGCAAAGAACCAGAGCUACACUUUACAGUUUCAAAAUUGCUCAUCAAGUCUUGCUGUUGCUUCUGAGAAGACAGUCUCGUUUGGCGUAGUCCUCGGCUUGUCACUUGGUGGGGCAAUAGUCGCUGUCUGCAUCAUCAUUCUUGUCAUCUUUUACGCUGUGCGAUGUAGUCGUGCCAAGGGAGACUAUCGCAGAACAAUGCAGACGACAAGUGACAACCAAGAGCCAAGAGAAAGGAACUCGCCCCCGCCAGCUUACAGCGAGACAUUCACAGAGGUGGAUGAACCACCACCACCUUAUACCGAACAGUAGUCACAAAUGGACCAUGUGCGCAGGUCAAUGACCUAUAAGCCGGAAUGUGGAUAAGACUCAUCAGAGGCCGUAGUCUACCUUCCACAUCACUUGUGUGUGUUGACUCCACAUGAGAGUAAUUGUCCCUGACUAAUAAACACUCCAGUUCGCCUGAAAGUAUUCACAUUGCAGGGUUUGAUACUCGGUCUGUGCUAAUAUGUUUAUAUUACAGUCAUUGUUUGUUGUGAAUGUUUUUGUGAGAAAGUAUUUAAAAGGAUGCGACAAAAUAACAUGAUAGUCUUCAGUGUCUACAUGUAUCAACACAAAGUCUCUGUUAUUAUUAUUGUUAUUAGUAACAUCUACAGUAUUUUAUUUAUAAAUCUGUGACAACAUAAGACUAAGACUGCUUUAUUGAUCCUUAUGGAAAUGUGUUGUGAUUAAAAGGUCUCUCUUCUCAUAUACAUUGGUCUCCUUCAGUCGUAGAACGACUAUGGUUCAUCUCGAACACAUUUUCAUGUGACUGUGCAGCCCUAUUUUGGAGAG